AUGAAUGGUCCUCAGAAUGGCCUCAGCAGCCGACGGGAGGAAGCUAACAUAGCUGCUACAAUCUCUCGCCCGUUGACUCUGCAACAAGCUCUCCCAUACUCGCCACAGACAUCAACGGUCCCUUUUAUUCCUUACAUUAUCCCCGACCCCUCCAUCGGCUCUGGUUCGCCCGCCGAACCCGUCUCUGGCUUGUUUCCUCGACAAGAGUUUGACAAUCUGAACAACGAGGCGGCAACUGGGCAGGACCAACAAUUGAAGAGUGUCAAGCAAGCUGUUGACUUCGUCCUUCACGACAUGAAACCUGCACAACGCACACAAUACAACUUCCGAUCUGUCCCGCGUGGUCGGACGAGAUCUACGUCGAAAAAGUCAGUCACAAAUGGCCUCACUCCUGUAGCGCAGGCUGUACACGAUCGAGUCGAGACGUACUUCAGAGCGAGCAAGAACAAUGUCAAAACCGACAAAGCUGUCAACGGCUUCACCACAUCGCACACUCACAAAUUAUCAGACAAUGGUGACAAGACCCCGGAAAAGCCCCCCAAGAUUACUACGGAGAAGAAGACGCCAAACGCGACAAGACAGGCAGUCAUAAACAACGUCGAAGUAGCUGAGUCGAACCCUGUUAAAGUCGAGAUCGCUAUCACAGCUUCGAAGAAUUUUGACCCGUCUGCGUAUGAAGAUGGCGACUCUUUCAUGCGGUCUGCGGAAAUAAGCUCUGUCCCCUUGAAGAAGGCAGCAUCACCCCCUCCUCCACAAGUCGAUGAAAUCAUAGUGGCCGAAUCGGAGCCGGCUGGAGGCUUACGCAUUGAAUUUCCCAGCCUGAGUGGAAGAGAUGAGUAUGCUGACGUCACAAUUGCCCCUGAUGCGCCUAGCAACUUGUCAGCGCGUAAAUAUGGCAAUACUCAAGGAGGACAAGACUUUGUCGGUUCUGGCCUUGACCAGCGCCAACGUGGGGAAGCUGCACUCGACGCUCUGGAGUCCCAGCUUCGCACCAUAUUCUCAGCUGUUGGAUAUGCGUUCGCAAUGGAGCCAGGCUACGACCAUAUUGUGAGGCUGAUGCCAGACCAAGAAGUUGCCAUGACCGCUGGAACCCACCAAAAAUUGCACGUCGCAAUUCAAAAAGCUGUUGACUUGCGAAUAUUCGACAAAGUCCCUGUGGAAAAUCUCCUACAAAUCAUCAAGCUCAGUGAAACUAGUCUCAAAUAUAUGGAUAUCAUCGAUAUUCACAUUGACGAAAGCUGGGACGACGCGGCUGCAGAUUCCUGGGUUACACAGCUUGCAGAAGUUGAGACAGCCAUGAAGGCUGCGAGAACAUGUCUUCGAAUUUUGUCUGGUGGCCGCGAGGAUAAGCAAUUAUACGCGGAAGCCAUGAUUCUCAGAUGUGUUAAUCUCUGCAAGUCUGUCACUGAGGACAUCGUCAUGCCGCUUGUGGAACUUGGAAGCACCGGCACCGGCGCAGCCCUCUUCAAGCUUUUGUUCAAGCAUAAAAAGACUCUGUCAACAGUAUUUGUUACGUGCCAAAAGCUGUUCGCGUUGAUGGCAGAGCUGAUCGCCAAGAUUGAGCUUUCAGAGACGGCAUCCAAUACUCUAGAGUACACAGCCUCGAAACUUAUCUUUGUCGAGAAUGCGCACGUCGAACGUGAGUCAGUUGUUGGGGUUCAAAAAUUCGACGGCAUUCGAUCAGUGGCCAUGGAUAUUCUCUGCCAAAUCUUCGUCAAUAAGCCAGCACAGCGGCAGGGUAUCAUUGACGACAUUCUCACAUCACUGGAGAAGCUCCCUGUCGGCAAACAAAGCUCCAAACAGUUUAAAUUAGCUGAUGGAGGUAGCAUCCAGCCUGUUUCUGCCCUCAUUAUGCGGCUAGUCCAGUCCAGCUCUGGAAAAGUCGAUCAAAGUGGCGAGGGUCGCCGAGCGGCUCUGCUGAGAGAUCUAGAUGGAGAUGUGGAGGGUGAGCCUGUCACCACUGAAGCAACUUCUAGGCAGGGACAGGCAGUAUCUUCGUUGACCAGCGAUGACCAUGCUUCGCAGCAGCAUGCAAUUGCUAUUCAAGAGCUGGACACGAUAUCGAGUCCCCUGUACGAUACGGCCACCCGAAACGCCUCUUACGUGAUCAACUUCAUCGUGAAGCGGGCUAUUGGGUCCACGAAAUCGGGAGACACGCCUUAUCGUAACCUCUUGGAUCUCUUCGUCGAGGAUUUCACCGUUUGCCUUGACUCCCCUGAUUGGCCAUGCGCUGAGCUGCUUCUGCGUCUCCUCAUGCUGCGGAUGGUACAGUUGUUUGAAGGUCAAAAGACGGCUGUCCCUGCCAAGAAUAUGGCACUUGAGUUACUAGGCUCUAUGAGUGCGGCCAUCUCGCGCCUGCGCUCCCACGUCAAACGCACCGCCACCAAUUUUGAAGGUGCAGACGCGGAUGAAAUGUCACGCUAUCUUGCUGAUCUUGCCAUCCAUAUUCUGGAGCAAAAGAGUCAAGCAGAACAUCUGGUUGCUUGGGCAGGGCCAUUUCGUGCCGUGCUCGAGUACUUGCAAAGUCGCAGCACAGAGGAUCAGCAUCUGGCUAGUGCUGUGGCCUUUGUCAUCACAGACUGGGCGAAUAGGACACACACUGCAUAUGAUUCGAUCAAAGAUGAAGAAAUUGAACGAGACAGUGAGCUUGGUCGCUUGGCUUACCGACUUCGGAAGAUGGUUGCAGAUCGCAAAUGGCUUGCUAGCGAGUAUACCUUCAAAGCAAUUAGCGCCGCCCAAGCGAAGCUUGCAUUUUCAAUCAUUCUAUUACGGUCCACGCUCUGCGAGUCAUUUGGCAAGAUUCUCAACAUUUUGCUGGGCUCCAUGGCAAGCGACCAAGCGACUGUCCGAAGCAAGAGCCUCAAGAGCGUCAACCAAGUUCUGGAGACGGACCCCUCUAUCCUCGACGGAGACUCUAGCGUCAUUCAACUAAUUUUGGAAUGCUCCAGUGACUCUUCGACUCAAGUCAGAGACUCUGCCUUGGGAUUGCUCGGUAGCUGUAUCACGAUGCGUCCAGCUCUUGAACCGUCCUUGACACCAAAAAUUAUUGACCGUUUCCAGGACGCUGGCGUUGGAGUACGAAAACGUGCGAUGAAGCUGGCUCGAGAUAUUUACUUGCGCAACAAAAAUAAGGGCAUUCGUUGUGCUAUCGCAAACGGCCUGCUCCGAAGGGUCCAGGAUCCAGAUGAGGGUGUGCGAGACCUGGCUCGACAAAUGAUCGAGGAGGUGUGGUUUGCUCCCUUCUACUCGAAUGACGGAACAACCGCCUACCAAACCGCAAUCACGGAGCAUGUGGCCCUCAUUAUUCAAACUGUCAAAACAGGAACCGCCACUGAAGUCCUUGACAAAGUCUUCCAGACCAUUCUUCGGCCCAAUAAUAAAUCACUGGAAGGCCCAUUUUCGGUAUGCUCGAAGUUGGUCUGUGAUAUGUUUGAUCUUCUCGACAAUCCGGACUCUGAAGAAUCCUCAGGACCGUCAGGCAGAGAUGCGCUUCAGGUUCUCACCAUAUUUGCGAACGCAGAUCCAAAACUUUUCAAUUUUGAACAGAUUCGACUUUUGAAGCCUCAACUAGCGAGCUUCUCUGGCCAAGAAGAGCUGGCUGCGUUCCGCGCAGUCACCGUCAUUUACAAGAGGGUGCUUCCACAGAUUUCUACUGUUCACUCGCAAUUUCUGGGAGAAGUGCGCAAGCAGCUUCUCCAAGGUGUUGGAAAAAUCUCAUCUAGAGGCGCGCUUGAUGACCUGAUUGCGUGUGCCAAGGUUGUCUGCGAUUUGCUGAAUGACUUUAGCCCAAUGGCCAACCUGGUUGCCUCCAGUCUGGUCGGCAUUCAGAAAAUUGCAGCGGCUCCUCUAGAUCCAAAACGCCUCAAUAUUCUCUGCGCCUACGCGAUUAUUGUUGGCAACGUGGCGAAGCACUGCGACUUGGAUCAACAAAUCGAGAUUUUCAAGGCAAGAUUUCAAAAGUGGCAGGGCGAUUCGGUGCCACGCUUGAUUGUGGAUAUCGUAUCCCCCUUCACCAAUCCCCAACAACCGCUCGAGGCGAGGAAAGCAGCGCUGGAAGCCAUUGGAUUAGUUUGCCAGUCUUGGCCACGGAACUAUGUACUAGCUAAAGUUUAUACGGCGUUCCAGCAAGUUUUCCAGGACCAAAUACCCAUGUUGGAGACUAUGAUUCUCAGAUCCUUCAAAGAGUUCCUUAUGGGAGAAGAACGCCGAUCGGAGGCUUCUACUCAAGCUGCCGCAGCUGGCGGGAAACGCGAACUUACAGUAAUGGGUGGCACCACUUUCGAUGAUGUUGCUAGCGCUACAACGCAUAGAUUCCUAAAGGACUUCACCCGCAUAGCGCUCUCCAGCCAGGAUGAAUAUGCAUUCCUGGCUAUGGAGGUUUUGGGAAGUAUCAAUCGCCAAGGUCUCACGCAUCCCAAGGAAACUGGUGUCACUCUGAUAACGCUGGAGACAUCAGCCAACAAAAAGAUUGCGGAAUUGGCCUUUAUGGAGCACAGAUCGCUGCACGAGAAACAUGAGACAGUGCUAGAGCGAGAAUACGUCAAGGCAGUACAAUCAGCCUUCAACUACCAGCGCGAUAUUGUCAAGGAAGCCCAUGGUGCCACGACAGAUCCCUUUCAAGCAAAGCUACACUUGCUGAUGGAGGUGUUAAAAAUCAGCAAAUUGAAGAACAAGCAAAGAUUCCUGGAGAAGCUCUGCUACCAAGUUGACUUUGACCUGAACAAACUCAAUGCGAAGAGCGGCGUCCCAGAGCAUGUUGGCUUUGCCCGGUUUGUUGUGGACAACCUUGCUUUCUUCGACUACUCGACCAUCGGUGAAGUGCACACGACGGUGAAGAGCCUUGAGAAGAUUGUUACUACAACCGGCGCUACUGUUGCCCAAGCGAUUGAGUCGGAGAUUUUCAAUGUACGCAUGGACUUGGAUGCACCGACUGCCACAGGAGAAACCUCAGGCGAUGCCGAAGGUGAGCCAGCCGAUAUUGCAGAAGCUCCAGUUGUGGGUGCAGAUGUAGAUCCGGCCCGCUUCCGCCAACUCGCAUCUGCAUCCGUGAUAUUGCUCAUGCUUUGGGAGGCUCGCACUUAUUUACGAAAGCUGUACAAUAUGGGAACCAGCCGACAUGACAGCAAAGCGAAGCUUCUGGCCAAGGAUCUCAACAAAACGCCGACCAAGGUCCAGGGUGUACAUGGGGAUAAGAUCUGGGAAGAGUUGGCCGCUCACGAAACAGGCUACGACACGCUGCAAGGCAUGGGUGCCAAGUGUCAGACUCUGAUUGAGCUGAUGAAUGUGGACAAAGAAUUCAAGGUUGCAGAAGACGACGAACAGGCGGAUAUGGAUGCAGCGGGUACUGCAAGUGAAGGGGAGGACGAUGGCGAAGGCGGUGAGAGAGGACGGAAGAGGAAAGGGGGGCCUACGCCUGGCGGACGAAAGAAGCGUCCUCGAUCGAACUCGCAGCCGCGGAAGAGAGGGCGGCCGCGCCUGUCAAGUAUUGAGGCAGACGAUGAGGAAGGCGACGCAUCCUGGCUUUAG